GUCAAAGAAACUUGGAACGGAAAAAGGAUCAGCUGCUGGCAUUAACAUUCCAUUCUAAAAAGUGCGUGAUUUGUCGUGAAACAUUAUUUUCUUUCUAUUACGUGUAGUCAGUCGUUAGUGCAAUAAAUUCUGAAGUUAAACCUAUCAGAUUAAAAUGUGUUGUGUUUGCGGAGAACAAUCGCCCGAUCUCAAUGGACUCCAUAAACGAUCGCGAUCGUCAACGAGAAGCGUGUCCCAGAAAUGGCGCUAUCAAAUGAAUAGCUUUCACUAUUUCAUAAUUUUUGUCAGCGGUUCGAUGUUUUCCGGGGUCAUGUUUGCGUUGCUAAAUUACGCUCCGAAAUAUGUACUACUUCCUUCCCGGACUGCGCCACAUCACCUUCCGGAUGGGAAGUUUUUGCAGAUUGCUGAUGAAGUUCGUGUCUUGGAGCCGUACUUUCCAGCCGUCCGGAUGCCAAGUGGAUUAGGUGAUGGCAAUAAUAGUGGCAAAUAUAGCAAGAACGAACCGCACGAUUCUAAUGAGCAGGAAGCGCUUAGCUCGUUGAAGGUGGCGAUUGAGAUGAAUAUGAUGGGGAAGGAUGAUAAGGCUGCUCGGUUGUUCCAGCAUGCAUUGGCACUGUCCCCGAAGCAUCCGGAAAUACUUACCAAGUAUGGGGAGUUCUUGGAACACAAUCAACAGGAUGUGGUGAGGGCGGAUCAUUACUAUUAUCAAGCGUUGACGGUGAAUCCGGCCCACUCGGAUGCGCUGGCCAAUCGGCAGAGGACGGCUCAAAUUGUGGAACAUCUGGAUCAGAAGCGUUUCGAGAGGUUGGACCAGAAGCGCGAUGCCUUAUCGUCGGUUUCGGCCACGAAUGUGGCGCUGAAGCGGGCCGAGAAGGAAGCCUACAUUCAGCAUAUCUACCACUCGGUGGGCAUCGAGGGCAACACGAUGAGUUUGGCAGAGACGAGAUCGAUUCUGGAAACGAGAAUGGCAGUCGAUGGGAAGAGUAUCGACGAGCAUAAUGAAAUCCUGGGACUGGAUGCCGCGAUGAAGUACAUCAAUGCAACGCUGGUGAACAAAAAUGAUUUCAUUACGCUGAAAGACAUCCUGGAGAUCCAUCGACGCGUUCUAGGUCACGUUGACCCGAUCGAGGGUGGCGAGUUUCGUCGUACGCAAGUUUAUGUCGGAGGUCACGUUCCUCCCGGUCCCGGAGAUCUGUCAAUUCUGAUGAGCCGAUUCGAAGGUUGGCUAAACGCGAAGCAAACCUUCCAGCUCCAUCCGGUAAAAUACGCCGCCAUGGCUCACUAUAAGCUAGUUCAUAUCCACCCAUUCACUGAUGGCAAUGGAAGAACUUCCCGUCUUCUGAUGAACACCCUGCUUAUGAGGGCCGGUUAUCCUCCGGUUAUCAUCCAGAAGCAGCAUCGACACAAGUACUACGACUACCUGCAGGUGGCGAACGAAGGGGACAUCCGUCCGUUUGUGCGUUUCAUUGCGGAUUGCACCGAGCGGACGUUGGAUUUGUACCUCUGGUCUACGAGUGAACUAUCGCAUCCGAUUCCGCUGCUAGCACAGGAGAGCAUGUCCAAUGGAGUCCCACUGAUCAAUGGCUUCGAGAGGGAAACGACCGUUGAAGGAAGCGGGUCUGGCGAUACAAUUCGGAUAGGAACCAUUUGAUAUCUGCUUGCCUCAGUGCUAACGAUAGCGAUCGUGAUUCUGCUAAUGCGCCAAAACGCCCAGCCAAUCGUAACGUUGCUGGCAAUCUAGAAGAGAAUACAAAUAUUGUUCCUUAUGUCCGUCGAAGCCAAAUGCCCCGUCUGAGGUGAGUAUCUUUUAGCAAAAUCUAUUCCGAGUAAGGGAAAGAAGAACAUUUUUUUAAUAGUUAAGGGGUCGUUAAAAUUCAUCAAAAAGUAGUUACUAGAAUUUUUAAUUGCGACCGAACGUUACCAAACAAUCUGAUUAAAUUCAUACGAUUAGGAGUCGUCUGGUAGUUUUUAAUUUGGUAACACAAGAAGUUAUGUUUAUGUGUUUGUGUAUAUUGUAAAUAAAAGUUAGAAUGUUAUGUUUUUAUAAAAUA